UCCGGCCGAUCAUGUAGCUGCAGCUCCGUAAUUACCGAACAGCUUUUUGCAUUUGCAAAUCUUCCGCUGUUUGCAGCUUGCUUCCGAGUUAUGCAAACGGCCAUUCCCUCUGCAUUGCUCGCAGCUGCAAAAUAAUCGCUCAGGGUUCCCAGGUGGAUGAAAAUUGGGAGGCAGCAAGCUUUUGCAUCUUUGUUGCAAAGCUGAAAAGGCAAAGUCUUUUGUGAUCCCCUCCCCCUCCCCUCCCAGCAGGGGGAAAAAAGAAAAAAAAUGUCGCUGUCAAAAGGAGGUAAAAAAAAGAGCAGGGGACUGAAGUUAUCGAAGGAAGUUUUCGAGCAACCGCAGGCAAGCCCCACUCCACCAAGAGACCUGGAUUCAAAGGCUUGUAUUGCUAUUGGUGAAAAGAAUUUCGAAGUGAAAGCCGAUGACCUGGAGCCGUUAUCGGAGCUGGGCCGCGGUGCGUACGGGGUUGUGGAGAAGAUGCGACACACACCCAGUGGUACUUUAAUGGCUGUAAAGAGGAUCCGUGCCACGGUGAACAGUCAAGAGCAGAAGCGGCUGUUGAUGGACCUUGAUAUUUCCAUGCGUACGGUAGACUGUCCCUUCACUGUUACGUUCUAUGGAGCACUUUUUCGUGAGGGAGAUGUGUGGAUUUGCAUGGAGCUAAUGGACACUUCGUUGGACAAAUUCUACAAACAAGUGAUAGAUAAAGGAAUGACUAUCCCUGAAGAUAUCUUAGGAAAGAUUGCUGUUUCUAUUGUGAAGGCUUUGGAACAUCUUCAUAGUAAGCUGUCUGUGAUACACAGGGAUGUGAAGCCAUCCAAUGUUCUGAUUAACGUACAAGGCCAGGUGAAGAUGUGUGACUUUGGCAUUAGUGGAUACCUUGUAGAUUCAGUAGCUAAAACCAUGGAUGCAGGUUGCAAGCCAUACAUGGCCCCAGAGAGAAUUAACCCGGAGGUGAAUCAGAAGGGCUACAGUGUCAAAUCUGACAUCUGGAGUCUGGGAAUCACCAUGAUUGAGAUGGCGAUCUUAAGAUUCCCAUAUGAUUCGUGGGGCACACCUUUCCAGCAGCUGAAACAGGUGGUGGAAGAGCCUUCUCCUCAGCUUCCCGCUGACCGAUUCUCCAAAGAGUUUGUCGACUUCAGUGCCAAGUGCUUAAAGAAAAAUUCCAAAGACAGACCAACCUACGCUGAACUUAUGCAACAUCCCUUCUUCACAUGGCAUGAAUCCAAAGAGACAGAUGUGGCAUCGUUUGUGAAGCUUAUUUUGGGAGAUUGAAGGAUUCCCCUACAUUUCGACAGCUUCUGCCAAUGGUCCAUCUACACAUUCUGCUUUGGGAUGAAGUCACUGGAUAUCUUCUGUCGGUGUUGUUCUUGGAAAAUGUAUCAAGAGUUUUCAAAGUAACUCUGGCCAUUGGCAGAAACAGGGUGUGGAGGGAGGGAAAUCUUUUGUAAACUUGUGCAGCUGAAAAGAGAAAGUCCAGUAUCUGCUCCUGUAGAUGUCUGAGUGGUACUGUGCUGUCGUCUGAAAAAACCUUUGUCAAUGAUUUUUGAUUGACUUGCAAAAGCCAAUAAUCGGGAGUAGGUUUUUUUUAAAUAACUUUUUUUAAUUUAAGUGAAUAGUGGGUUAUGUUCUCAUAAUUAAUUAUCUGCAAAGACUUCACUGUGUGACUGUAAUGAAGACUUGCAUUGACUCAGACUUUGGUCUCUUAAAGGCCACUUUAGCUUCUGAAGUUGUAGAAUUUUGAUGCAAGGCUGCAUUGUGCGUGCAAGUGUGUGUGCGUAUGUUUUUAAAUAGGUGCACUGAAGAUUGUGUGACUGCAGGCAAACCGAUGGGUGUGAAAGCAACCAGUUCAAGUGGGAGGUACUAUGGUGGAGCCAGCAUUUGGCUUAACAAGUCUAUCCCUUCCUUUUACCUAUGUAUGGUGUGACUUUUGUUUGUGUGUAAAUCAUGUGAUAUGUAAAUAUAUACUCACUUCCACAAAUGUAACUCUGGACACACAGAGGUAAUGACCCACCCCUAUGAAUUGUACUCUAGACAGACUAGUUCUACACAGUCAACAUUUAUCUGAACCUUUUUUGUAUUUUCACCAACAGUGCUAAAUCUUGCACUAAUGAAAAGUAAUAGGAGGCGCAUCCCUAUAAAAUGUAAUUUAUUUUUGAAAAAACAAGUUCAGAUGUUAGUUUAUCCAGCCUGAUAUUGUAUAUUGUGCUCAUCCAACUAAUUUUUGCAAGUAGUAUUUUAUUAAGCGGUUAGGAUGAAGAUUGUAUUUUUACAUAAAACUUGUACAGGUCACCUUCAAGGCUGAAGUAGAUUUUAAUAAGCCCAUAAUUUAGUUGUUUUGAAAAUUAAGAGUUUUUGGAUUGCCUUUGUUUUUAAAGAAAAAAUGGUGAGAAACUGAAUGUUGCGAAUUUCUGGUCCUUGUAGCACAAACCUUACAAGAAAGAUUAAUUAUUUAAAAUCCAGCUGCUCUUCCUUUUACUGUUUAUGAUGGUGCCAGUGCUUUUUUGGCUCUCUUCCCUGUGUAGGAAAGGAAUAUUCAAGUCAGCAACUACUUACUUAAUUGCUGACAUGCGCUAACCUGAUUGUUGCCAUCAAUGCCCAUCCUUUGUGACAAUACCUAAUGAAUGAAAUGACAUGUAGAACUCAUUCUGUUGGGAAAUUCCAAAUUCUGAACAUUUGUUUCAAGUAACUCUGAUUUUGAGGUCUCUCCAUCAGAAAAUCAAAUAUUCUAAUAUUACGGCUUCUAACCUCCUUUGCCCCUCAUUUUUCUUCCAUCCUGUCUUGAUCAGCUCAACUUGUGGUCAUAUAACCACUGUUACUCUUAUCAGUUCAGCUGCAAUCCCUAGAUUUUCGACAGAUUGCUAUUCUUCCAUGAAGUAAUAAGUCAGGAAUUCUUCUUUUCCCCUGUGGUAAAGUGCAUCACUUUUGUGAGGUGCUAUCAAAGACCACUGUUCUAGCUUUUGGGUCUCCAUACCAGAAUGGGGUGCAUUUUAGCAGGAGUGUUAUCACAACACUAAUGGGCUAUUGAUCAUGAAUCCUAUCUUGAAGCCUUAUUAUUGACGCUAAGGAGAACUGUUGCAGUCUCACUUGACACUAGGAAGUACAGAAUUAGCUCUGACAUGUAGAUGGCACCUCUAUGAUUUUAGAAUUGAAGUCCACUGUUGGAGCAGUUCUUGGUGCCAUUUCUGUUCCGAUGUUUCCUGAUGCAGGAGCUUGAAGAACAUGUUGUUCUGAACCAUUUUGACAGUCCCAUACUUAGUAAUUACCCAGAACUGCUGCUUGUGUCAGUUUUAUGGAUUAUUUUAUUGCCCAAGCAUUACAACUAUUUAUCUCUUUUAUUGAUUCUGUUCUUCAAAAGACGAUCAAAUUUGAAAAUGGCAAUGUGCAGCAGUGCUCAAAUGUUUUGAAAACACCAUUUCCUGUAGGAUACAGCAGCUUGAAAUUCCAAAAUCCCCAAUUGUUUGCUGCUGCUCUCAGAACAGUUUGGAGACAUGCUACCCACACAAGAUAUUAUCUUUAGAAGCCCUCUGAGCUAAACCUCUUGCAGCACUGGAUUUUUUUUGAAAGUGGUAGAAAUUUGACUUUUUUUAUGAAGAAGUAAUUUCACUUUUCGUUAUUUUCAUUUUGGUAUUUUGACCCACUUUGACUAACUGAAGUAAAAUCCUCAAUUAUCUUGUGCUACAGAAUUAAGGUGAUAUAGUUCAGUUCUGAAUUCUUAGAAGGAUUAGUUAAUCAUUUUAUUGUUUCUAAUACUUCAGCUUUUAACUUACAUUGUACUAAUGUGGCAUUUUGUUUAAUUAGAAUGACAAAAGAACAGGGCUAAAUUUUUGCUAGGUGCUGGAAACUUUAAAUCCAGUGUGUUAUGUAUGAUACAUCUACAACAAAAGUCUAAAUAGUGUUUUACAUUUGCUUAAAAUUGCUAGAGAUGAAUAUAAAAGUUAAUAUUUAAAUAGGGCUCUGUAUUCUGUGCAGAAAACUGAAUGCUCUGACAGCUGAAAUGGGCUAGCUCUACUUUCAGUCUAACCCCAAUAAUAUGUCUUCAGUCAAAAUAAGAGUACCUUUUGCUCCUAGCUGUGGAAUUGAAUCCAAAGAGAGGGAAAACCUCGGCAAUCCUCUUAGAUUCCAAAAUUUCUCUGAAAUUGUAAAGUUCUGCGUUGAUUGCAUGCCUGAGCAGAUGAGAGCAUCAGGCUGCCUUUGGGCUACAAUGCACUGUAUAUGAGCUGUGGCUGGUGUUGAUUGUGGGAUGAUCCACAUAUUGUUUCUUAAAGAACCUGAAUCUCUACUGACUAACCACAUGGAUCAGUAAAUUUCUCUUGAACCCGGGGGUGCUAUUUCUGAUGUUCAAUCAUCUCUUUGCUCCAAUUUUUCCACCUUACCCUAAUUACUCAUGAAGAUACAAAAAUGAUGUGGUUAAUAUUUUUAUUCGUGGUUGACAAUCUCAAGAUAUCUCCUACAGUGUGCAGUGUUUAUGCCUGUAUUAAUGACUGGAUGUGUGAUGGUAAAUGAAAUUACUGCAACUUGUUAAAUGUUAGGUUGAUUUAAAGACCCUAGUGUUAUUUCUGUCUUGUUCCCUACCUUGAGUUUGAGAGCUAAUGUCUUAGAACUGAAGAUCGGCAAUGAUCUAUUUGUGAUCUUCGUCAAAUCACUGAAAUUAAAAACCAGGUCCCUGGUUUACUUGGCAAAUUCAGUUUGUGAACUGUAUUUGUGAGAUGAGAUAACAAAGCGUGGAGCUGGAUGAAUAUAGCAGGCCG